GCCUAUACACGCUCUUUUUGCACCACGUCGGUCCCAUCGUCAUCUUCAGCUAUUGCUUUGUGCCAGGUUACCUCCAUGGACGGCGAUGUCAUCCGGGCCAUAGAGGGCCUUCUCGAGGAGGGCGAAGUCGCAGGAGCUGAGGCCUUGAUUGAAGAUGCUGACGCAUCGUGGGAAACCCAAGAGGUCGAAAGCAAUCUUCCAGAGUCCAGAGUCCUUCCUUUGUCAGCUACGGCAAUGUGGUGCACACCUCUGCAGCGAUGCAGCUGGAUAUCACGCUCACAGGAGCCUCGCUGUCCAUGGUGUUCCUUUGAUCAGUGUUGA